GGCUUUAUACCAAGACUAAAAAGACACAGCGAAAGUAAUUCAUAAAUAUAUAUGUUAAUACUGAAAAUAAUCAUAUGAUCAGUGAUCAAAAUGAUGGCACAAUUCGAAACGACAUCGAUAAACUAUAAAUACUUAUGGCGGGGUCAUUGUUCAAUACCAGUUUCAAUUCAACACUGAAAGUGUCAAGACAUUCUGUUGAACAAAAAUUAAAAAAAAACAACAUGAAACAAUUACUGGUUUUCGUUGGAGUAUUGAUGCUAAUAUCAUCCGCAGUUAGUUUAGAAAAUAAUACAAAAGAUAAAACAAUUAAAAAACAUGAAAAAAGAGGAGCAUUAAAUUAUGGAUUUGGUUUAUCACAAGAACAAAAUAAUCAGUAUCAAAUAUAUGGAACACCACAACAAGAACAAUUACAAAUAAAUGAACAAAAUAUACCUGAUCAUAGUAAUGAAAAUAAUCAUCACAAUGUAUUUCAACAGGAUCAUCAAAAUCACAUAUUAUUACCACAAAAUAUACCCCAUGUUCAUCCAGUUCCUAUUGCUCCAGUUCAUAAUGUACCAUUUGCAUUACCACAACCAGUACCAAUAGUACCACCAGUUGUACCACAAACAAUUAUAAAACCAGUUGGUAUACCAUAUCCAGUACAUGUUGAAAAAAUUGUUGAUAGACCAUAUCCAGUUGCUGUGCCAGUACCAAAAUAUAUUGAAAAAAUUGUACACGUUGAUAGACCAAUUGCUGUACCAGUUGAAAAACAUAUACAUGUACCUGUUGAUCGUCCAUAUGCUGUUCCAGUUCCAGUUUAUAAAGAUAGACCAGUUCAUGUACCACAGCCUUAUCCAGUUCAUGUUGCUGUGCCUGUUUUAAAACCUUAUCCAGUACCAGUUGCUGUACAAUAUAAACCUUUACCACAUUAUCAUCAUCAUCAUCAUCAACAUCAACAACAACAACAACAAUUUCAGGGAUGGUAAUACAAUAUUAUAAUUUAA